AUGUCAUUUCAAGCUAUACGUCAUGAUCCAACAAUUAAUAAUGAUGAAUCCGUUGAGAUUUAUUUAUCUAUUGAAACAAAAAAAAAUUGUGAAUUAGAAAUAUUACAAGUAAAUAAUCAAAAAGUAAAUAAUAAUAAUAAUAAUAUGUUAUAUUUAACUAUGGAAUUAUUUUCUGAAACUGUUUAUUCACCAAUUCAACGAUGUAAAAUAUAUGAUUUUGGUACGGCUAAAUAUUUAUUACCUAAUAAUAUUAGUGUAUCUUAUAUUUGUUCACGUUAUUAUCAAGCACCUUAA